AUGGACCGCGCAGUGGUUCUCAUCACCGGCUGCUCCUCGGGCAUCGGCCUGCACCUGGCCCUGCGUCUCGCGUCAGACCCAUCCCAGGGCUUCAAAGUGUAUGCCACUUUCCGGGACCUGCGCACGCAGGGCCAGCUGUGGGAGGCAGCCAAGUCCCGAGGGUGUUCUCCCAGCUCCCUGGAGACACUGCAGCUGGACGUGCAGGAUGCAGAUUCUGUGGCUGCAGCCAGGGCACGUGUGACUGAAGGCCGUGUGGACGUUUUGGUGUGCAACGCCGGCCGGGGCCUGCACGGGCCACUGGAGGCGCACUCAGCUGACGCCGUGGGCUCUGUGCUGAACGUGAACUUGGUCGGGAUGGUGCAGGUGCUCCAGGCCUUCCUGCCGGACAUGAAGCGCCGCCGCUCAGGGCGUAUCCUGGUGACCGGGAGCAUGGGAGGCUUGAUGGGGCUGCCCUUCAACGAAGUUUACUGUGCCAGCAAGUUUGCGAUUGAAGGUCUGUGUGAGAGUCUGGCGGUUCAGCUGCUGCCCUUCGGGAUCCACGUGAGCCUCAUCGAGUGCGGCCCGGUGCGCACCGCCUUCCAGGAAAAGAUCCAGGACAGCCUCAGCGCAACGCUGGACCAUGUAGACGCCCAAACCCGAAGCCUCUUCUCCCAGUACCAGCGCCACUUCCAGCAGGUCUUCCGCGAGGAGGCGCAGGACCCAGAAGAAGUGACAGAGGUCUUCCUCGCGGCGCUGCGUGACCUGCGGCCCGCCCUGCGCUACUUCACCUCCGAGGCCAUCCUGCCCCUGGUGCGUCUGCGCCUCGCUGACCCCAGUGGCUGCAGCUAUGUCACUGCCAUAUACCGCUCCGUGUUCGGUGACAAGCCCGCCAAGGGUUCUGACGGUGUUCAAAUGGAGGCCGGAGCCGGAGAAUGGGGGGACCCUGAGCUUGGUGCUCCUCCAGCCGCCCCGCAAUAA